AAUUUCGGAGAACUUGAUCAUCAAGGUUCCAUGGCUGAUAUACUGCACUAUUAUGACUUAAAUCAAGCUAGUUCAUCCUGGAAAUCGUCGCGCAAAUUACGCGGCGAUGGCCUCGAAGCCCCUCGGAAUAGCUUCGAUUUCGCCGCCGCAGCAUCGCAUAUGCAUUAUGUCUUCGACGACAAUGUACCAUUCUCUUGUCAGGUACUGCACCGACAGCGAAAAAUUAGUUAUGCUGACAGAGGAACCGCCACAAUGAAAAAGUUGAUCGAUGACGAGAUGUCGAAUCGAGCGAACGAAUGGCACGAUCCCCCCAGUGUCGUUGCCCGGUUGAUGGGCAUGGAUCUGACUCCCGCCAAAAGUAAUUCAAAAGUUUGUUCAAAGGAAAUUGAAGCUCAAAAGCCGGUAAAAAGUACUGCCGCAAAGCAUACUGUAAAUAGCAGUUCUUACAGCAGCAAGCACGAUUCCGGCCGAAUUCGGAGCGUCUGGAGUAGGGCGACGCUGCGCGAGCACCCGCAAGAAGCGCUUCUGCAGAAAUUCAAGAAGGACUUCGAGGAGUGGCAGGCGUCGAACGUGCUCAAGCACUCAGAAGCGCUUUUGGCGGAGAGAUGCGCUGACAAAGGGAAGUAUACUCAAAUCCUCGCGCAAGAAAACCUCAACAAGCAGAAAAUGGCAAGAUAUGCCGAUCCAAAGAGAAGGAAUUCGGCACAAAUGAAGCUUCUCGAACCCCGACUUAAACCCGAAACAAAAUUUGGAGGCCGUGCGAGCGCAGAAAUUGUCGAUAAUUUGAAAAAUAAUGUUGAUUUAGUAGCAAAUGUUGGUGAUGAAAAUGAGAGGUGUUGUUCUCCUACGAGGAUAAUAAUUCUAAAGCCUAGUUUCGAGAGAAGAGUCGGUAGUCGAGAAUCGUGGGUCGGCUCAACGGAGACGAACGAGGAUUGCAGUGUGGAGGAAUUCCUCGAAGAGGUGAAACGAAAGAUCAAAUAUGAAGUACAAGAAAAGCAUCGGAGCAACGCGAGAAAAAGAGGAAGUCGAAACGAUACUUUGUUCAGCGAAAGAUCCACCGACCCUAAACAAAUUGCUCACGAAAUAGCGAAACAUAUUCGAGAAAGUGUUACGAGAGAUGUCGGUAAGAAAUUAGCACGAUUCGAAUCGACUGAAUCGCAUGGAAGUGACUUCAGAAGAGACACAAGAAGAAUUUUGGAGGAGAGAUUGAAGCACGUACUGGAAGACGAGAUCGAUUUAGAAGAUGAAACUUCCGCGCCGACGAGAAACAAAGGACGAGCUAAAUCGCUGAGCGAUUUCUCAAACAUCGGUUGUUCCAUUUCUCGGCACAAGAGAGAUGUCGAGUUAUCGGAUUCGUCUCGAAACCUACUGCGGUCCUUUUCAGCUCCAGUGCCGGGAAGUGCUUUCGGAAAGCUUCUCUUGGAGGACCAGCACAUCCUGACCGGCGCCCACAUCCGCAGGAAGCACGAAUUGUCCGAGAAAACUUCGCGCGAAGUGAAAAAGAGCAGGAGAGAGAAUUUGAACUUGCGAGGCCGAGUUUUGAAUCUAAAAGAGAACUUCAAAUUGUUCGGAAAGAAGCCGAACUCGUCGAAAAACCCAGCAGUAAGCAACCGCAACUCUCCGAAGGUCAUUAAAACCACGCCGUCGGCGAUAAUGAAGUGCGGAAUCGCAAAGGAUAAUGCAACCGAGGUUCCCCCGAGCCCCGCGUCGAUUUCUAGUAGCUCUCGCGACGAGUCUCGUACGCCGGAUAAUCUGAGCCCGGUGUCGCCAUUGGAGGUUCAACUUACAGAUAGCCAACCUUCGCAAUCCUUCGUUGAAGAUUUGAACUUCGAUUUCCCGGAGCUAAAUGACCAGUUGGAGCAAGUCGAGAACGAAGAACCCGAAGAAUCGACAACAAAAGAAGAAACCAAAACCGAAACCGAAACCGAAAACUUGUACGAAAUGUUUGAGGUAAAGAGCGGCGACGAAGCUUAUAUUCGGGACAUCCUUAUCGCCGCCGGGUUCUACGAAGACCGAUACUCUAACUAUAAAUCGCCACAGAGAGUGGCACCAACAAGCUCAAUUCCGUACCGAGUGUUCGAGGAGGUAGAAGAAGCUUACAAUCGAUUAGCUAAGAUCGAAAACGAGGAUUCGCUCGUCGAUCACAAAAUGUUGUUCGAUUUAGUAAACGAAGCAUUGCAAAGCGUGAUCGAUAAUCCGAGGAAUUGUAACUCUACAUUGCGGAGAUGGAUACUAGAGAGAGCUGUCGCGCCGCGUGGUAAGGAGCUACUGAGUGACUUGUGGUGCCAAAUUCGCGCUUUUCGGGAUCUUCCAAUGCAUGAAAUGCAAACCAUAGGUGGUGUCACAGCUCGAGACGCAAAGUUGGCUCCGCGGAGUCGCAAAUUUUACGACGACAUCGAUUCUUCCGGUAAGAAGAUCGAAUUCGCCAUUCUCGGCGAAUUGAUCGACGAAUUUGUGCAGGAAAUGCGGCUCGACGGCGCGGCGAAUGAGCUACAUUCUUUAUAAAGGAACAAAUUUCGCUUGUGACUGGAUCAUGGUUUAUGAAUGUUUCAACUAGCUUGUACAUGAGAACUCAUUUAUGUAAUG